UCUCGGAAGUGACGGUUCUGCAGAAGGGCCAUGGCGCGCUUUCUGGAGCUGCACGUGGGGAGCGGACACCCUGAUCGGGAGCUAGGCGCGGGGGCAAAGCUGUACGGUCAGGCUGCGGCCAGCGGGGAGGUUGGUUUUUAGCAAGGCAGAGAUCGCCGGCUGGAGAGCGACAGGCAGUCUGCGCGGGAAUCUGGAUGGGGAGCACCUGCACCGCAAGCCGGAACAAGGGCAGCGGCGGCAUAGAUGGGUCUUGAGGGGAGAUGCAGUUUAAGAAACGUAGGAGGUUGCUUCUCGGAGGGUGGAAGGGAUUUCUUGAAGAGAAGGAAGCACUUACCACGGGGCAAUUAGGGCAACAUUGCAGGGUUGUAUUGAGGAGAAGGUUCCAGGAGAACCUGUUGGCGUUGAAGCCAUAGAUAAAAUGUGGUUCUCUGUGUCUUCACGGGUUUUUUUACGUCACUGGUGCCUUUCGCGUAAAUGGAUGCUUGUAGAAAGCUAUCCUUGUAAGCACUACAAAAAGGAGACGCUUCCAUCAGUGCAGGACCCAAUUUCCCCUGCCUCAGUCACAGAGAUCAGGCAGUACCUCAAAACACAGAGAAUCCCAUUUCAUGAUGGCUAUAGUUGUAUUCACGUGCCCAGUAUUUUUGUGGAGGAUAAGCAGCAACUUCGCCAUAGUUACAGCCUCUUUAUUGAUAAGACUACAGGCCAGUUUAUAUGCACAGCCACACUGGUUGAAGGUAACUGGCACGACUUCCAGGCCAAUGUAGAGUUGCAGCAUAAAGGAAUAACUGUAGGUGACAGGCACAGUAUGAAUGAGCAAAGUGAUCAAGGUGGGGAGGAUGCUAGGCAUAUAUGGGAACGAGCCUUGCCUCUCUGGGAAUUGCUGGAUGAGAUGGAGACAAAAGAAGUCAAGGCUAUGUUUGGCAUUUCCAGUGUGUCAAAUGCUACUCUCAAACACUUUGGUGUGCGUUUUCUUCGGACCACUCAAGCAUUGGUCUUUCCAUGGUUCAGCCCAUCUGGCACCAGUCUGAAGGGAUUAAAGCUUCUCAGAGUUGAGCACCAAGGAGAGAGAGUACACUAUGUGGAGAAUACGCUGCCUCGUCCGAAUGCCUAUCAUAACCUCUUUGGUUUGCCUCUAAUCAGUCGGCGUGAUACAGAAGUGGUGCUGACUGGCCGAGAGUUGGAUACUUUGGUGUUGCACCAAGUGACUGGUUUACCCAGCCUAGCUCUGCCUCGUGGGAUUUCUUGUCUUCCCCCAGCCCUACUCCCCUACUUAGAACAGUUCAAACGGAUCACUUUGUGGUUAGGAGAGGAUCUCCGGUCCUGGGAAGCUGCUAAACAUUUUGCACGCAAACUGAAUCCUAAGCGUUGUUAUUUGGUGCGACCAAGUGACCAGCAGCUUCGACCACUAGAAGCUUUUAGCAGUGGCAUGAACCUCACCAAGAUUCUGCGGUCAGCUCUACCAGCUGGCCACAAGUCUAUAAUUUCAUUUUGUCAACUGCGGGAAGAGGUGUAUGGGGAGCUGGUCAAUGUAGAUCAGGUGGCAGGAGUCAAAUGGGUUCGUUUCCCAGAACUGAGCAAACUUCUUAAGGGCCACCGCAAAGGAGAGCUCACUGUUUUCACAGGUCCAACAGGCAGUGGGAAGACCACUUUCAUAAGUGAAUAUGCCCUGGAUCUCUGCAUGCAAGGUGUUAACACAUUGUGGGGCAGCUUUGAGAUCCACAAUGUGCGUUUGGCCAAGAUCAUGCUCACUCAAUUUGCCAUGGAAAAGUUGGAUGAGCAACUGGAAAAGUAUGAUGAGUGGGCAGACAGGUUUGAGGAUCUUCCACUUCACUUCAUGACCUUCUAUGGACAACAGAAUAUCAAGACAGUGAUUGACACCAUGCUUCAUGCUGUGUACAUGUAUGAUAUUACUCAUGUUGUCAUUGAUAAUCUCCAGUUCAUGAUGGGCCAAGAGCAACUCAGUACAGACAGGCUUGCUGUCCAAGACUACAUUGUGGGUACCUUCCGAAAAUUUGCUACAGGCAACAACUGCCAUGUAACUUUGGUCAUUCAUCCCCGGAAGGAAGAUGAAGAAAGAGAGCUGCAAACAGCUUCCAUUUUUGGAUCUGCAAAGGCCAGUCAGGAGGCUGACAAUGUGUUGAUCCUGCAGGAUAGGAAACUAACAACAGGGCCAGGCAGGCGCUACCUACAGGUCUCCAAGAAUCGCUUUGAUGGAGAUGUGGGAAUCUUUCCCCUGGAGUUCAGCAAAACAUGCCUUACGUUCUCUAACCCUGUCAAAGGCAAAACUAGGGUAAAGAAGGUAAAAGAGGAUAAUGAUGAGCCGCUCCAAAAACCUGCAGCAGGUGCUGGUGAAGUUUCAAAGAAGCAACGAUCCCAGAAACAGUCCAAUAAGAGCACAAAACCUGCCUUACAGAUCUCCCCUGAUGAACCCAACAAACCAUGAGGAAUUUUAUUCAGAAAGGGUUCACAGCCAGCAGAAUCACUACUGUUCAUCUGAUUAUAGGGAUAAUAAUCAGUCUAACCAUACAGGCAUUGAUCAAGUUCUUCUUGCUGUUGCAGCUUUGUUUCAUUGGAAUCAGUGGCAUGAGAGAUCUGUGAAUGGUGGUAGGAUUUAUAGCACCAUUUACUAUUAAGAAAUAGUCUGAAAAGAAACUUGGAUUACUUCACCAUUCCAUCCAAAAUAGAUUAGAGAGCAGUUCUGGUGCGUACAGCAGAAGGGUCCAGUUGCACAUACAGUGGGGCACAUGGCAAGGAAGGAACUGUGUUUUGUGCUAGAGAUAGUUAAUGCUUAGUUGCAACAAGGAAUGAAUAAUACAGCUGCGAGGAAUACCAGUGUGUAUAAAUUGUCUCAUGCAAUUCCUGUAUGUACAUGGGGACAGAAUCAUGGUUCACUGCAAGCUGGCAUGAUAAAUCAUGGUAUGGAAUCACAUAUGCCAAUUGAAGACUCUUAAUACUGUACACAAUGGUGGAUGGAAAAAUUAAAAUUUACAAUAGAAACUUUUUUUUCCUGAUCUGGAGAACUGCGUGAUGGAGUUAGAAAGCUUAAAAUAUCCAUGUAUUCCUAAGGGGGCUGUUGAAAAACUGCCAUUAAGAAAAGUAGUGCAGCUUUAUUCACAAAGCAUUUCUAUACCAUUAAUGGUUUCCUCAUUGAUUUCAGUUAAAAAUUUGAAUCAAUCUUCUUGGGUUUAUUUCCAGACCCAGUCUUCCAGUUUCAGUGGUGCACUGAAGGAAAUCUACAUUCAUUGUAUUUUCUGCUUAGGAAAACUGGUAUUGAAAAAGAGACUGAUGAGUGUUUUGUUUCCAUUGUACAAGACAAAGGAAAAAAUUGUUUUUAUUAAAUUGUAAGUGAAUAAGAUGAAAGACUUUGAUAGGAAAAUAAAGAAUCUUAUUCUGUCAA